ACUUGUGCUCUCUUGUGGUGUCUGACCUGUACUUUGUUGUGAAGAAAACCAAUGUCCAAUGUCGACUUACAUGUCUGUACGAUAUACAGUCACCGCGUUAGCAUAUGGCUCAAUGGCAUAGUAUUAAGUGGAAGGUUGUAGUGAGUGUGUUGUAGUAGUACUACGUGUAUAUGAUAUAAUUAAACUCGGAAAAUACACUGUGGGGAUACAUGUUUUACAUUUAUUUUAUUCUCCAAAUAAUAAUGUCUCAUAAACAUUCACCCGGGCCAGCCCCUGACAUCAUUCAUCCAGCACACUCUACAAAGAAGGCUCGGCGGACUCCAAAAGAACGUCGGCCACCAAAACUGAAACGUAGGAGCUACAAUGCAAACAGAAGCCUAUUUUCACAGGAUGCAAAUCUGAUUUCAUUUCAGAAUAAUGGAGACAGCUCUCCUAUAUUAAGCAAGCUCCACAAACACACUCAUCAUCUUACAUACUUUAGAGAGCAGUUUGAAGACGUUCAUCAGAUUGGGGAAGGUUCGUUUGGAGAAGUGUUCAGAGCGCGAUCUAAAGAAACAGGUUUAUAUUAUGCAGUGAAGAAGUCAAAGGAACGUUUUCGUAGUGACUGUGACAGAAGGUUGAAACUUGAAGAAGUUAGGAAACAUGAACUGAUUCCAAAGCAUGAUAAUUGUGUCCAGUUCAUUGGGGCAUGGGAGGAGGAUGACUAUCUGUACAUUCAGCUGGAACUGUGCAAAACAAGCUUGGAGGAAUAUACUGAAGUGAAUCAUGAAAUUACACAAGACAUGCUGUGGGACAUUCUUCUUGAUGUUUUAUUGGCUGUAAAGCAUCUGCAUGAUCAUAACUUGAUUCACUUGGACAUCAAACUGGAGAACAUCUUGGUAGACCUGAAUGGCCAUUACAAACUUGGAGACUUUGGUUUGGUGGUUGACAUGUCAAAGGAAGACUUUGAAGAUGCUGUAGAAGGUGAUCCCAAAUACCUUGCACCUGAACUAAUGACAGGACAUUUCACAAAGGCUGCUGAUAUAUUCAGUCUAGGAAUAACAAUGUUAGAACUGGCAUCUGACCUGGAUUUGCCAUCUCAAGGACCACUAUGGCAUGAAUUAAGGAAUGGAAUAUUUCCUGAUGAUCACAUUAAACAUAUAUGCCCCAAAAUGUUUGAACUUAUCAGAGCAAUGAUGACUCCUGAUUAUGUGGAACGACCAACAGUUGACUUUCUUUUGACUCAUCCACAUCUCACAAAGAUGAUGAUGUGGCGUCGUAGGUCUCACUAUGUGAGUCAGAUGGUCUCACAAGUGCAGUCCCUAUGCAGCAAUUGGUGUGCAGUUUUGAAAAGUUUUAUGGAGAUAGUGUUACUACCUCUUGCAUACUUACACAGCAGCACACGUUCCAGUUGCAAUAGUAAUGGUUACGUUGCCAAUGGGUGUGUUACCAAUGGUACAGAGUGUAGCGAGUGGGGAAAUUUAUGCUCUGAUGCUGAGAAUGGGGAGAAGAGUUCAAUGAAUCAGUCUUGUAGUUCCACUUCCACCUGUACCACUUCUCCAAGUUUUUCACCCAUCAGAGGGGACGAACAACAAACAUUAUUUAAUACUUCUGUUCCUUAUGUUAUGGUAACAAAUUCAACACCUUCAUCCGCGCCACCAGGCACACCCAGAAAGAGAAAUUCAGACAGCCUUCAAGAUUCCAUCACACCAGUAAGAACUCGGAUCAAACGUUUAUGUGUGUCAAAUACCGAAUUGCAUUCAUAUGACCAAAGAAGUGAACUUGAAACAGAAGUGUCAACUAGCUGUUACCACUUUUCAUUUUCAAGAACAUCCACAGGUGCACGAAAUCUACUUCCAGUAUUUCGAAAUUGUAAAGAUUAGCCAUUUUAAGGGUAAAUGGGGGAUAUGCAAUUCUGGUUAUCAUAGACUGGAAGUUCAUGAACAGUCUCAAAUGCUCUGGGAUUAAAAUUAUUUGACUGUGACUGUGACCAGUAAUAUUGUAUGUACUAAUAAUUUAUAAUGAAUGAAAUACAGGAUAUACACAAAAGAAUAGUGCAGUUUCAAAAGUUAAUAAAAAAUUUAUUUCUCACCUUACACGGUCACAACAUA